GGACCUUCUCCCACGUCUCCGAGCGCGUGUCUCGACCGCUGUCUGGACCCUUUUCCUCUUUCUGUGAUGAAGAGGGAGGUUGUCGGUUAGGCUGCGCGCCCCGCUGAGUGGCAAUUUCAUCUCAUAUUUACAAACUGAUAAGCUUUCUCGCGCAUUUGUUUUAAAUAUGCGCUCCUGUGUGACGCGUUAGCAUAUAAGAGUGCGAAAAAAGCGCUUCCCGUCUUGGCCGGUCUCUGUUUGUGUGCACGCGCUUGUGUGUGUGUGUGUGUGCGCGUGUGUGAUUGUGUGCAACAUAACCGGCUUAUUUACAUUAAAUACGCCACAAGGUUACAGUGCAGAUGAGCGUCAUUUUAUCACUCAUUACUUCUCUCUUAUACUGACUGAUGCUCGCGCUCUCCGCUCAUCUCACUGGACUUUUUCUCGAGGAUACAAGACUUCAGAUACUUUCCCCGAAAGCUGACAGUGUGUCCCGGUCCUUGGUAUCUCACAGAGUGAAGACUCAUCGCCGCUGUCAUCGCUUGUUGCCGUACAGACUCAGUGGCGGGGUGAGUCACGGUCUCUUCAACCUGACGGGCCCCGGACCAGUAUGCAGUUAGAGUGAUCAGUAUGGAGGACUCUAGUUUGUGCCUUGGUGUAUCCUCGGUGGUCCCGGAUGCUGACACCCAUCUCAGCAAUGCAGUGCUUAAUGGCCGCUACCCAAUCAGUCAGAAACUUCAUCAGCUGACUGCUCAGCUGGGUCAUGCCUUUCCUGAAUUACAGAGUCGCCAACAGAUCCCAGAGGAAAAGGCAGCCACCCCGCUGGAUGAGAAAACCCACGCUGCCUUAGCUAGUCAGCCAAUCAGCAGUCAGAUGGCCUUACUGGCCAACCAGCUUAACCGUGACAUGGAUGUGGGUGCCCUGAGUGGUCUCAAUGGCCGUGUUGAUUUGCAGCAAUUUCUCAAUGGGCAGAACUUGGGAAUCAUGUCCCAAAUGAACGACAUAGAAGAUGAUGCCCGCAAGAACCGCAAAUACCCCUGUCCGCUAUGUGGCAAGCGAUUCCGCUUCAACAGCAUUCUGUCUCUUCAUAUGCGUACACACACUGGAGAGAAGCCCUUCAAAUGCCCCUAUUGUGACCACAGAGCUGCUCAAAAGGGUAACUUGAAGAUCCACCUUCGCACCCAUAAGCUGGGAAAUCUCGGUAAGGGCCGUGGUCGCGUACGUGAGGAAAACCGGCUGCUUCAUGAACUUGAAGAGAGGGCCAUUCUACGUGAUAAGCAAAUGAGGAACAGCUUGCUGCAACCCUCUCAGCCUCUUCCACCCCACUUGGGUAUCCAGAGUCACAACCAGCAACAGCCUGGCUCUGCCUGUGGCCUGCUCACUCCUACCAGUAUCGGUGGCUCACCUGAUGGACUGAGCCAGCCGUCUGCCUCACCUAAGCCCGCGGGGACCAACCUGCAAGAUGAUCAAGCCCUCAACCCAGCCCAAGGGUUUCGGUGCACUUUUUGCAAGGGUAAAUUUAAGAAGCGUGAGGAGCUAGAGCGCCACAUUCGCAUUCUCCACAAGCCCUACAAGUGUACCCUGUGUGAAUUUGCUGCUUCCCAGGAGGAAGACCUCAUCUCCCAUGUAGAGAAAACCCACAUCACCGCUGAAUCAGCCCAGGGACAAGGCACAGGAGCUGGCAAUGGAGAGAAGCCCAACAAUGAAUUUCGCUGUGAGGUUUGUGGCCAGGUCUUCAGUCAAGCUUGGUUUCUGAAAGGCCACAUGCGGAAACACAAGGACUCCUUCGAGCAUUGCUGCCAGAUCUGUGGACGCCGUUUCAAGGAGCCCUGGUUCCUCAAGAAUCACAUGAAGGUGCAUCUCAACAAGCUGGCUAUCAAGAGCAAGCCCCCUGUUGGUGGAGCUGGUGAAGACGGACCUUCUGUCAACAGCAUGAGUAGCCUGGCUCAAGAAGCCCAUGCCAACCUGUAUUCACGUUACAUUUCUUGUCUACAAAGUGGCUUCCUCACACCCGACAAGCAAGGCCUGGCUGAACAGCAGCACCAAAUGCUGGCCAAGGCUGGUAUAGCUAUGAAGGAGAAGGAAAUGCUUGGGAAGCUCCUGAGCCCGAUGGCCAGCAUGGGCCAUGGCUUAGGGGAAAAUGAAAAGCGCUCUCUCUUGGGUUGCCUGAACCUGGUGCCCCCUUUGAAGUCAAGCUGUAUGGAACGCUUGCAAGCCGCAGCUAAGGUGGCAGAGAUGGACCCCCUGAACAGCUAUCAAGCCUGGCAAAUCAUGGCACGUGGAAUGGCUAUGGAACGCUCCUUCAUGCCAAAAGAGCAGCACCAUGAGGGGCAUGGACAAGAAGAUGAACUUGCCAGUGCAGCUGGGAUUGUUCACUUUGGGAAAGACAAACUUGACCACCCAACCUUAGGCUCUAGUGAUGGUUCCAAGCAGAAGCAACACCCUGAUGUCCUUCAUGGAGUGAAGACAAGUGGAGGCAUGAUGCCCUUAAAAGAUGAUGGUGUGACCUUUGAUAGCCACCGUGAGUUCUUACCUCACCAUGGGGGUCUGGGCCUGGGCCAAGGGCUUGAGUAUAGCCUGGCUGGCCUGAAAGAGAAAGCAACUGAGUGUCCCGACUGCGGCAGGGUUUUUAGAACCUACCACCAGAUGGUGGUCCACUCCCGAGUACACAGCAAGGACCGUCGAACCCUAGAGGACAACUCCCAGCAUGGUCUGGAUGAAAGGCGUGGCUCAGCAAGCGACCCUGAAUCUCAGUCUAUCAGUCGGUCCACCACCCCAGGAUCCUCCAAUGUGACAGAGGAAAGUGGAGCUGGGGGCGGACACUCCCAAACGGGAAGUGUGCAGGAUGACAGUCCCCACCCUUCUUCUCCAUCCUCAGAUGUCGGGGAAGAGAUGGCGAAACCUGUGAGUGCUGUCCAGCCCCCAACUACUCAGCACCGGGAACGGAGCGUGGGUUCAAGCAUGAAGGACUGCCCCUACUGUGGCAAAUCUUUCCGCACCUCCCACCAUUUGAAGGUCCAUCUAAGAAUACAUACAGGUGAAAAGCCCUACAGGUGCCCUCAUUGUGACUAUGCAGGCACUCAAUCAGCUUCUCUGAAGUACCACCUGGAGCGCCAUCACCGCGAGCGACAGAAUGGAAGUGGCCCCUCAGCCAACCAUCCUCCAUCUUCUGAGCACAAGGAUGACCACGCCAAGAACAGCAGUAGCAGUGGGGUCUUUGCUCGCCCUGAUGUCCUUCGCGGGGUCUUCAAAGGGGUGAUGCCCUCUGGUCUUGACUUCAGAGGGGGUCAGAUGCUUCCACACCAGUGGGUACCACCAGGAAUGCUCUCACCAAGAGACAGAGACCGUGAAAGGGAACGCGAUCGCCACGGGCCAGGGUCAGAGCCCACCUCGGAGAGCAUGAAAAGUCCUGAGGGGCCAGUCUCUGCAGGGGACAGUCCUGCCAGCUUUUCCGACCUGGGCCGAGCAUACCAGAGUAUGGUGGGAAAUGGCGUGAACUUCCAGGGCUCCCUGCAGGCUUUCAUGGACAGCUUUGUCCUCAACUCCAUGAAGAAAGAAAAAGAGAUGAGAGAGAGUCAGCUGCAUGGCCAACACUUCAGCCAGGAGAGUGCUGAGGCCAAGACCAAAAGAGCCAGUGAGGCCAACCAGGAAGAGAACCCCACCAGUGACGUCAAACCAGCUGAGGGUGGCCGCUCCCAAUAUGAGCCUCUGGAUUUGUCCGUUAGACCUGAAGCAGGGUCUAUCCCUGGAGCCUCCAUCACCAUCCAGGACAACGUUGCCUGGCAUGGCUGCCUCUUCUGCUCCUUCACAACUGCCUCUGUGGAGCAUAUGGCCCUCCACCUGCAAGCCAAUCACCUGGGCAAAGGCAAGUGUGGCCCAGGAAAAGAUGCUAAGGAGCACCUCCUCGGAGAGCCUUCCCAUGCAGGAAAAGCUACUGGCUUGGUUCCACCACCACCAAGCCUUCUUCAUCACCAUGAGGGAGCCCCGUCCAGGGACAGAGAGACUGAGUCUGGGGAGCUGAAGGGACAAGCAGGCUGGUCCAACCAUCUGGAGCAGCCCCCGCACGGAGCCUCCAUGGGCACGUUCUCCAGUGACUUCUACAAGCCCUUUGGUCCUGUGUAUGAUGGCUCUGCUAGAGGGCCUGUUGGAUUCCUGGACCAGCAGCAAAUUCAGCCAAGUGAUAUGGGUGGUCAGGGCCCCCUGGACGACCUAUCCGACAAGGCAUCCUGCAGCGAAAUAGAGGCGUCUGAAGAACAUGGCGGCCAGUCUGAAGAAGAAGAAGUCAGUCGUGACAAAUCAUUGCCUAAUCCCGCUGCUAAUGAGAGGCAUAUGCGUUCUGAUGAUGAAGAGGAGGCAGAGGAAGAGGAAGAGAUGGAGAUGGGUGACGCUGAGGAGGAGGACCGUGGAUCCAUGCAAAUGCUUCCUGAAUCACCAUUGUCAGGGAAGGACAUCCAAAGAUGCAAGCUGACUAUGGGCCCCCAAAGCUCUGGCCUUUCCCCUCCUCAGCCUCCCACCACUGAGAAGCAGUGGCAGCAGACAGGCCUCGGUCUUCUCUCCCCAAGUGGUGGUCCUCCUGGCCUAGUAAAGCCUGAUCAGGCCCACCUGGAGCAUCAGAUGAACAUGCUAUCGGUCCUGCGGGCCUACAGUUCAGAGAACCUCGCAGCCUUCAACGGAGGCCUUGGCGGCGGCUCCAAUGGAGGAGGCAGUGGCACCAGCAGCAUGAAAAGAAAUGACCCCUCUGGUCUUGGAGGUCAGAGGCCGUUCCAGUGUCGCUACUGCCCCUACAGCGCCUCUCAGAAAGGUAACCUGAAGACCCACGUCCUGUGUGUUCACCGCAUGCCCUUCGACAACAGCCAGUACCCAGACCGGCGCUUCAAACGUUCCCGCAUAGACUCUGAUGUCUCCGGGAACUCAGAAGAUGGGAAUCUUUCCUCCUCCGGCCAGUUGAACACAGGAGAAGGUAUUUCUGGUGAUACUCUUCACACUUUUGAGUGAAGCAACGUAAAACUGAAGCAACAGGGUUUCUGGGACCUUCAUGGGUUUGAAGUGAUAAUGAAACCACCUCAUACAAGCAUUCCCAUUGAAUCAUUGCAAAAAAACAAGAAAUUCAAAACUCUCCCAGAAAAACUGGAGAUCAUUAACUCCCAAACUGAAACAUUUCAGUCUCCGUAAUAUUCUGUGAAGCACAGGAUAGAGAUGAUGAAGUAAAGAAACCUGAACCCUUUUUGUCUGAAACUAAAUACACAUCUCUUAUUGGAGUUGCCUGAAUUGAGCGUUGAAGAGACAUUACUGAAGAGGAAAAAAAUGACAAUGUUUUUUUAAAAAAAGACUGUCAUUAAAUUCCUCAGAGUGACUUUUGUCCCAAAAAUAAUGCUUUUAUCAGAAAAACGAUCCGGGCCAACGAUUUCGCGACAGUUGGAAGGGAAAGAAAGAUGGAGGGGAGCUGUUGAGCGCACCCUUCAAGAACAUGACACCACUAGUGGCCAUUUGCCCAGCGCCACUGACGCACAGGGAUGGAGUGAGCGGACGGAGGGAUGUGGAUGGUGAAAUGGGGGGGUUGGGGCGUUUGGUGCCAGCCUGACUGGAGCUGUCAUCACAGAGGAAAUCAAUUCAACCCCCUCCCACGCUACUUCCAUUCACUCCCCCCACUCCUUCCCCAUUUCGCCUCUCCUCACUCUUUCAGAACACGUCAAGAGAAACCUUAGUCGCCUGUACAGCCAGGCCGCUGAAGGGUCAGCCUCAGACCUGUCUGACGAUUAGUAGCACUUCCUAUCAGCCUCUUUCAUUCCCCUCCUCCCUCCCUUCUUAUCUUUCUGCUAUCGAAAAAAAAAGACAGCCAAUAACAUUGUAUAAUAAUCCGUGGAUAGAAUUUUUCCUUCUUUUUCAUUGUUGUGCAGUUUUAGGAAGUAAUUUGUAUGUCACUUAAAGCGACACAGCAAAAUGGCAGACACAUUAAAUGUGAUUUCCAUUUAGCGCUUCUUAACGAAAAAGUCUUUUUGUUGUUCUUGAUGAAGGUGCUGCUUCCCUUCUAACCGGUGGACUUUGGGUAAAUACUGACCAUAUAUAACCAAGAGGCAGAAUAUGUUAUUUGUUAAAUGUAACUUGGAAAUAAUAUGAAGGACACGUAGCUCUUUUGUGGGGUUUAUUGACCCACAGUGGGACUACCUUCUUUAUGGAGCUCUUAAAAAAGUAGCACUAUGAAGGCACUGUAGAUAUGAAGUAUAUAGAUAAUCACUUCUCCGCUACCUGUCUGUAAUCUUAACUUCAGGAUGGCAUUUAUGGGUUUGUUUGUUCCCAAAAAAAAAAAAAAAAAACCUCAAUUUUGUACAAAUUUUAUUUUUAUGUUUAAAUAUGCAUUAUCAUGGCCCCAUUUUUGUGUUUGUUGUCCUGAAUGUUCCUCUACUAAAAGAGAUUAACAACACAGGCAGUUUGGAUCCUAUGAAAUCAUGCCUCUUAAAGAACAAAAUAAAGUGUAUCAACUUUCAUUGUACUUCCUUUAUUGAAGGCUAGCAGGGGUUAGAAGGUAAAUAAGUAUGGUAGGGGGUUAGAGAUGCAUGGAUGUUGGGGGGGGGUGGAAGGGUGGAUAUUAAUGUUUUGUGAUAAACAGAAAUGAUCCAGACUUUAAGAAAGUCAAUAUCUUCCCGCUCAGCACAGGGAAGCUCAGCACUUAAACCCCAGGGCCUUACGGCUGCUCUAUUCACGCCAAGAGGAGUUUAGAGGACUCACAAAUACCCACCACACUCCUCACUAAGCAGUAAAUAAAAACAUAAACCCUUAUCACGGCCCUAAGACCACAACAUCACAACAACAAAAAAGGAACUAUAGAAAGAGGUUGAAAAAAGAUGAUAGAAGUGGUGCACAGAGAUUUUACAAGUUCAAACUAACUGUAAGAUUCCAAGCAGGGGUUCUUUAAUUCACCAUAACCCUAGAAAAUACUCAAGUCUUUUAUUUUUGGUCUGUUCUUUGUUGUUGUUGUUUUCUUCUUUUUUUAGGAUAGUUCUCACUGCCUUAAAUCAAGUUGAUGAAUUUAAUACAACUAUUUGUAUAA